AUGAGUGAAUGCUUAAAACAUCAAAAACCGGAUGAAAAAUGCAUGGAAUAUGCAAUAAUUUCACACAACAUUGAUUUUGUUACAUUCUUGAUGAAUGAAUACAAUAUAAAGAUUGAUUUAAAUUAUUGCCAAUAUUACAAAAAUCUUGAUUCAUUAUUGGUUUAUUUCGAUCAAACAAAUGAUAUUAACAAAUGCUUUGUUUAUUCAUCGACAUUUGGCAUAUCAUCUCUUUGCGAAUACUUCCUUUCACAUGGUGCAAAUGUCAAUGAAAAAGAUAAAUUUGGAAAAGCUGCUCUACAUUAUGCAGCAGAAAAGAAUAGUAAAGAGACAGUCAUACUUCUUAUUUCACAUGGUGCAAAUAUCAAUGUAAAAGAUAAAUAUAAAAAAACGGCUCUUCAUUAUGCAGCAGAAUAUAAUUGUAAAGAAACAACCAAACUUCUUAUUUCACACGGUGCAAAUAUCAAUGAAAAGGAUAGAUUUGGAAAAGCUGCUCUUCAUUAUGCAGCAGAAUAUAAUUGUAUAGAAAUAGUUGAACUUCUUAUUUCACAUGGUGCCAAUAUCAAUGAAAAAGAUGGUUUUGGAAAAUCUGCUCUUCAUAAUGCAACAAUAGGAAAUAGUAAAGAAACCGCCAAAUUUCUUAUUUCACAUGGUGCAAAUAUCAACGAAAAAGAUAAAGAAGGAAAACUGCCUCUUCAUCAUGCAGCAUGGAAUAAUUGUAAAGAAACUGCCGAACUUCUCAUUUCACAUGGUGCCAAUAUCAACGAAAAAGAUGAAGAUGGAAAAACAGCUCUUCAUUAUACAUCAUAUAAUGAUAGGAAAGAAAUAGUCAAACUUCUUAUUUCACAUGGUGCCAAUAUCAAUGAAAAAGAUGGUUUUGGAAAAUCUGCUCUUCACUAUGUAUCAUAUAAUAAUAGUAAAGAAACUGUCGAACUUCUCAUUUCACAUGGUGCCAAUAUCAAUGAAAAAGAUGGUUUUGGAAAAACCCCUCUUUAUUAUGCAUCAUAUAAUAAUAGUAAAGAAACAGCCAGGUUUCUUAUUUCACAUGGUGCAAAUAUUAAUGAAAAAGAUAUAUAUGGAUAG